AUGAGCCGAGUCCCAACAACAGCGACCGUCGUUCGCGGCGCCAGCGUCAACAUCGUUCUCAAGGCCGACCAGCCCACCGGCCGCACGGUUUCCGGGACCGUCCAGGAUAUCCUGACCCGCGGCAACCACCCUCGCGGAAUCAAGCAGUCGGGCGCACCUGCUGCGCAAGACGUGGUGGAUGUGGACGGAGCACCUGGUCCUGCCGCUUUUGGAGAUCGGCCACCGCGACGCCGACAGGGACGACGACAGGAGCAGGAGGCCGAGCUGCCUUCGUCGCAGGUUGGGCUUGAGGCCUACAUUCGACCUGCGAAGCAGAAGAAUGGUGGAAGGGGUAGGGUAGCUACCGGGGCGGGUGGCGUUGGUGAAGACUCGACGUUGAACGUACCUUCCGAGGUUGUCACUUGUCCUGUUUGUGGCGCCUUUGAGGGUGAUGCGUCGGCCGUGGAACAUCAUGUUGCCAGCCAUUUCGAUUGA